CAGAAACCAUUCUGGUUUGAAUUACACCCCCCACACACAACCCCCCUCUUUUUUCUUUUUAACAGGAAAACAGCUUCAAGGAUUGCGACCACAUCAUUUUUGUCCCCCUUGUUGGAUAUAUCCUAACGUCAAACGUGGGCAUACCUUUGCUGUACUCUCUUGUCUGCUAACUAGAGGGAACGCACUUGCUACUCCUGUGGUGGACAGGUUUGGUUGUUGGCGUGAUUGGCUUCCAGGGAACCUGAUACAGAGAGCAGCUGUGCGUUGCCUUCUCUGUCUUUGCCUGAGGAGUUGUGCUGAAUUCCUGAUAUUGAGACAGACCAUGUUGUUCCUGCUGCCGAUAUUGAACCUGAGCUUGCAACUUCAUCAUAUAGCAGCAUUAUUCACGGUGACGGCCCCUAAAGAAGUGUACACAGUAGACUUCGGCAGCAGUGUGAGCCUGGAGUGUGAUUUUGACCGCAGAGAAUGCACUGAACUGGAAGGGAUAAGAGCCAGUUUGCAGAAGGUAGAAAACGAGACUUCUUCGCAAAGUGAAAGAGCUAUCCUGCUGGAGGAGCAGCUGCCCCUGGGAAAGGCUUUGUUCCACAUCCCCAGUGUCCAAGUGAUAGACUCGGGGCAGUACCGUUGCCUGGUCAUCUGCAGAGCCGCCUGGGACUACAAGUACCUGACACUGAAAGUCAAAGCUUCUUAUAUGAGGAUAGACACUGGGAUCCUAGAGAUUCCAGGGACAGAGGAGGUAGAGUUCACCUGCCAGGCUAGAGGUUACCCCCUAGCAGAAGUGUCCUGGCAAAAUGUCAGUGUUCCUGCCAACACCAGCCACAUCAGGACCCCUGAAGGCCUCUACCAGGUCACCAGUGUUCUGCGCCUCAAGCCUUGGCCUCACAGAAACUACAGCUGCGUGUUCUGGAAUGCUCACACGAAGGAACUUACUUCAGCCACCAUUGACCUUCUGAGUUGGAUGGAACCCAAAGUCCCCAGAACAUGGCCACUUCAUGUUUUCAUCCCAGCCUGCACCAUUGCUUUAAUCUUCCUAGCCAUAGUGAUAGUCCAGAGAAAGAGGAUCUGGGGAUACCUGGAUUCUAGAAAAAGAUCUGAACCUGUGGUCUUGGGAGUUGGGAUGAUCUGAUGGGAAAUCCUCAAGAGGCUUCUGGACUCAAAGUGAGAAAGAAUCUAGCAGAACCUGCCAUUUGCACUUUUUGAAUGCUUUGGAUAAUGGCCCAGUGCUCUGAUCAGGAGCUUGCAGGACUGACAGCCUCCCCUUCUGUCUCAAGUCUCGCUGAACAAGCACACCCACAAAGGCACUUUAGAUUCACCCCUGGGAACCCUGGACCACAGUGAGGGCCUGAGGCCCCUCCUGGCUUCCAGGGUGAAAACAAAAGGAAUCGUUCCCUGCCCCCC